AUGUCAUCCCUCACGCAACAUCGCAACCAUGCCGUUCUUGCUACCGCCGCCAUUGCUGUGACCCACGGGUCACUUCUGGCCGCCGCCUUCCCCGUCGACGGAACUCGAUUUUACCCUAAUCCGAAGCCGCAGAAUCGCGCUGAUUCCAUGGUCCAACUGGACGACACUGCACCUUGGUCUCGAUCUGAUGAGAUUCAUGAACCUCGAUAUUCUUGGGGACUGGAGGGCUUGUCGAAUGCGGACCAGCCAACCCCUUCCGCAUCCUCUUCUCACGCACCGGAAAGCAUGUCCCUUGUCGCGCCAACGCCUAUCAAAGAUAAUGUACAGAUCCACGAUGUCUCCGCACCCAGUCCUACUUCAUCAGAACCUUGUCACCUUGAGGAAUCCUGGGUCGUCCGCGUAUUCCCGAUAGCCACUUUGACGUUGAUAUCGGUGGUACUCGUCACCCUUGUCAUCUAUGUCGUCUACUUCUUCGCGUUCCGCUGGAGAUUUCGGCGUCUGCAAUCGCCGGUCAAAGUGUCGACUCCGUCGAUGACAUCGCUGCGACCUCUCACCAUUGCCACCGAUACGGAUCGCGAUACCAGGUAUCUCAGUCCCAAGCGAUCCGCCCACACUCUGCGGUCAAACGCCGAGGAUCCGUACCCACACACGCCUACGCAGUCCACCCUCUGCGCACCUCUGACACCCUUGCCCAAGUAUACCCCGCCGCCUUCUCUCGCACCUCCCUCCGCGAGCUCUGCGCAUACUACCUUUUCGGAGACUUCUUCAGUUGUCGGGGAGCGCCCGAAGCAGCUUAGCUUCCUUCCUUUUGAUGAGUAG